AUGGAUUGUGAGGCUAAAGACUCUUUACCGAGACCAAGUGGAUCUUUUGGUGAGGCAAGCAGUGUGGCUUCUUCUUUGAGGAGGCGUUCUUUAAGUUUAUCAGAUGAUGUUCCCCCUUGGCCAGAUGAUGACAUUGAAAGUGAGUUUGUUUCAGAGGCAGGAGAUUUUGGGGAUCGGGCACUUCACAGUAAUAGGUCCAGUGGAAGUGGUAGGCUUCGUUUCUCUUUUGACAAUGUGGUAGAAAAUGGUAGUGUUGUUCCCAUUCCAGAGGAUGUUCUGUUGCAAUCAUAUCGAUUUCGCUUUUAUGAUCCCACUGUAUCAAAUACUGUGUCCCCUGUAACCCCAUCGACACUGGAAAUAAUAUCUCCUCUUUCCUCUGAUGCAAUUGCACACCCCGUCAACAAAAGGAAUGAGGAUACAACAGAGUUACCAUGGUUAUUGGAGUAUAUAUCAUGUCUCAUUCAUCUUGCUCUAUUUGGCAUUCUUGGGGUCUUAACAAGGUAUUUACUGGAAAAACUGUUUGGCCCUGGGGGAGUUGGUGCAACAAGUGACCAAAGCUAUAUGUACCUUGAUCUUCCUUCAAAUAUGGUUGGUUCAUUCUUGAUGGGGUGGUGGGGCGUUGUCUUUAAAAGAGACAUAUCUAAAGUCUCAGAUCAAUUAGCCAUUGGAUUGACAACUGGUUAUUUGGGAAGCCUCACAACAUUCAGUGGUUGGAUUCAGAAAAUGCUUGACCUCAGUGUUGAAGGCCAUUGGGUUUUCGCUGUGCUCGGCAUUCUGAUAGGCUUGUUCCUUGCUGCCUAUUCCAUCAUUUUUGGGAUCGAGACGGCCAGAGGUGCCAAAUGGCUUCUUCAGAGGUUAAUCAAAAGUUCAACAUGUGGCAUCUCUAGCUCGAAAAGCAAUUGGAAAGUGGACAACUGCAAGCGCCACUUGGCAGUUGUGGUGGUGCUGUUACUGAUGCUAGGCUUGUUAUACGGUUUGAGUGGAACUUGGGAGAUAAGAGAGUUUAGCAGUGGCAGUCAUGGAGCUCAGCUCUGGUUGGCUUGUAUGGUUGCGCCUCUUGGUGUAUGGAUCAGAUGGUUCUUGGCACGACUCAAUGGACAUGGCUUAGGAAAAAUGGGUUUGUUGAAAUGGGUUCCUUUCGGAACUCUGAUUGCCAAUGUAUUGGCAGCUUGUGCUAUGGCAGCUCUUGCAACAGUAAAGAAAGCAGUGAAAACCAAAACUAGCGAUACUGUUGCAACUGGUAUACAGUUUGGGAUGUUGGGCUGUUUAAGUACUGUUUCUACUUUCAUGGCCGAAUUUCAAGCGAUGAGAGAGAGCAAGAACCCUUGGCGAGCAUACACAUAUGCUGUGAGUACAAUUUUAAUUUCAUUUGCUUUGGGAACCCUGAUAUACUCCGUACCUGUUUGGACCAAAGCAUACAACUAA